GUGGAAGAGCGUCCCCUCGGCUGUCCCUGUCCCGCCGGGGGAGCGCGGGGUGGCACCGGCCGGGCUUGUCGGCACCCCCCAGCCCCCCGGUACUAAGCCUGGAGGACUGAGGACUCCUCCUCCCCUCCCCUUGCGGUCCCGUCUCCCUGGGUCGGGGGAGAACCGAGCCGGAGCUCGCCCCGCAGCGCGGGGGAUGCGUGCGGGCUGCUGUUUGAGGGUGUUUCUGAGGCGCCGGAAAGAAGCGGAGGAAGAACGAUUGUUCCCCCACCCCCGGAACGAGGCACUCCGGGCCCAGGCUGACUCCCCGCACUCGCACCCCUUCCCGAGGGAACCUGCGGUGCCCUCGUCCCGCCUCCCCUCACCGGCUCCCCCUCACCUCCCGUGCCCGGGAGGGGGAGGCCGCUGGCCCCUUUGUUGUCAGGAGAAGCGGCGGGGGCUCCGCAGGCACCGGCGGGGGGGACAUGACCGGGCAGCAGCGGUAAUCGUGCUCAACAAAAGAAAGUUGGACAUUUGGUUGAAGUCUCUUGAUAAGCUCAACAAAAAUCCAGUGGAAGGCUUUUCAGCGGGCUUAAUAGAUGACAAUGAUCUUUAUCGAUGGGAAGUCCUUAUUAUUGGUCCUCCAGAUACACUAUAUGAAGGUGGUGUUUUCAAGGCUCAUCUUACUUUUCCAAAAGACUACCCACUGAGGCCGCCAAAAAUGAAAUUCAUCACAGAAAUCUGGCAUCCGAAUGUUGACAAGAACGGCGAUGUCUGCAUUUCAAUUCUUCAUGAGCCUGGAGAAGACAAAUAUGGCUAUGAAAAACCUGAGGAACGCUGGCUUCCCAUUCACACAGUGGAAACUAUCAUGAUUAGUGUUAUUUCUAUGCUGGCAGAUCCCAAUGGUGAUUCUCCUGCUAAUGUUGAUGCAGCGAAAGAAUGGAGAGAAGACAGAAAUGGAGAAUUUAAAAGAAAAGUUGCCCGCUGUGUAAGAAAAAGCCAAGAAACUGCUUUUGAGUGACACUUAUUCAGCAGCUAGUAGCUUCACUUUUUUCAGGGUCUCCAAUUGAGAAACAUGGCACUGUUUUUUUUCCUGCACUCUACCCACCUAUUGCUGGACUUCUGUUGUUACAAGUUGGCAAACACUGGCUGGAACUGGGCUGCAAUAAAACAUGCCAGUUAUCAAUGCUGACAAGAGCCUAACAAGUGCCAACACAAGAUGAUUACGCAUUUUGAAAUCUAAUGAACUGCUUUAACCUUCAGGAAGAAUUGUAAAGAUGUGUACAUAGCACAACAUGAUCCGGAUAAUAUAUAUACUGUUCAUGUACAUCCACAAAUACACAUUGUACCAAAUAAUGCUGUCUGUAGUUAGGGAUAGAAUUGUGUAAAUUCUAAAGAUUUUAGCAGGUUUUUUCUCUCCCUAUUCAUUGUUUCUUGAGUUAAAAAAAACAGCAACUUGUGAAGCAUGUCAAAACCAAUUAGGAUACUAAGUUGGCUUUUUUGGUUUGUUUUUUUUUUUUCCCCUCCCACUUUAAUUUUCCUUUGACCCACCGAGGCUUAAUUAAAAUUUCUUGCUUAUUAAAGUUUAGUAUCUUUUUUUUUUUUUUUUUUUGAAAUGUGGUCCCUUUUAUUUCCCCCAUCAGAACUCUACAAUUAAACCCUGAAAGGAUUUCCUAUCAAUUACUUGUGUCUUCUUUUAUGAUGACCCUUGUAGUCUCAAAGGUGCUUUUUUUUUCUUCCCACCCCUUUUUUAAACCCAGUUACUCAUCCUUCUUGAAUUUGGUAUAGCAAUAAAACUGGCCAUGGAGCACCCUUGAGCAGCCUAAUGAAUUUUUAACUUCCAGGGACUUGACUGCUUUCACUUGGAAGUUUGGUUGACUAAGUUAGUCCAAGAUAGGAAUGAGCUGCUUUUUAUGGGUGAAAUUUUUGGUUUGCCUUUUUCAUUGCCUGUUUGUGGGGUGGGGUGUGUGUGGGGGGAGGCUUGUUUUUUCUCAAGGUUGAGUUCAAGCAUGCACAUCUGUAGGCUUUCAAAUGACUAACUUCUGGGUUUGGUAUCAAAAAUAGUUUCCCUCCUUUACUCUUUUCUGUGGCCCUUCAUCUGCUUUGCCUUCUACUUCAGAGUUUUCCUCACCUAAUGUACAAAGAAAAUGGCGAUGUAUAUUUUCAUGUAAUUUGAUUUUUGGAAUUCUGUCACCUUCUGUAGUGAGUUCUUCCAAAAUAUAAUUUUUUCCAAUAA